CCCUAGGAGAGCUCUUGUGCCUUUCGCAUGAGACCAGCAUACCUUUACUUUGCCAUUGUGAAGAAAAAGAGUCCAGUCGUGGCCAUCUUGACUACUGCUGAUGAGGAACUCCUUCACAUACAUGCUGCAUUCAACACACACAAAUAAAGCCAUUCUAGCUAGACAGAUGUGAGAAUGGAAUACAUGAAGGAGAGAAACACCUGGAAGAAGAAUGGAACAAGGGAGAUUAAGUCUGGGCAGAAAUGUUAAAGCCAAUCCUAAAUGCAUAUGGAACUGCAAGGGACACAGAGAGCCAAAACAAUCUGGAAAAAGAAGAACAAAGUUGGAGGACCCACACUUCCCAAUUUCCAAGCAAUCCCCAAAACGGCAUAAUGGUGGCAUAACGGUAGACAUGUAGGUCAAUGUUUUGGAAUUUAGAGUGAGAAAUAAAUUCACAGAUUUAUGAAUAGCUGAUACUGAACAAGGGUGGUCAGGCCAUUCAAUGUAGGAAUGAGCAAUCUCUUCAAGGAACGGAGCUGGGAAAACUGAGUAUCGACAGACAAAAGAAAGAAUGUGGAGUCCAGUCUGAAACCGUGUCUGAAAGUGAACUCCAAAACUGGAUCACAAACCUAAAUGUAAGCAAGGAAACCAUGAAACCCUUGGAAUAAACCAUAGAUGUAAAUCCUGGUGGAUUUGACUAUGCAGUGUUUCCUUAAAUAUGGCAGCAAAAGCACAGCUACAAGAAAGGGAGGAGGAGAAGAGGAAGGAGGAGGGAUGGAGGAGGAGGAGAAAAACAAAACCGCACCCCAUCCAAACCAAAAACAUUUGUGCAUCAAAGGACUCUCCCUAGAGACUCUGUUACGCAACAGUUCCUUACAUAUGGUAGCAAAAGCAUGGCCACAAAAGGAGGAGGACCUGUGUAGAAAGUGAAAGGCCAACCUCCCCGUCCCCAGGAUGGGAGAAGCAUUUGCAAAUCAUGUAGGUGAUAAGGGCGUAUUUUUCAGAAUGCAUCAAGAAUGCUUAGAACUCAACAACGAAGAGGUGAACAGCGCGGUUCAACAGUGGGCAAAGGACUUGAGCAGACAAGGCGAACAAGGCAGUUAAACAAGGGGCAAAGGACUCGAGCAGCCAUUCCUCCGAAGCGCAUGUACGAAUGGCCAAGAGGCACGUGAAAAGCUGCUCAACAUCGUUAUAGCCGUUAGGGACGUGCAGGUCAAAACCACCCGCAGGGGCGCCUGGGUGGCUCAGUCGGUUGAACGUUUGGACUCUGGACCUCGGCUCAGGUCAUGCAUGAUCUCAGGGUUGUGAGAUCCAGCCCCACGUCAGGCUCCACGGUGGGCUCUGCACCGGGCACGGAGCCUGCUUAAGAUUCUCCUCUCUCUCUCUCUCUCUCCCGCCUCCCUCUGCCCCUCCCCCCCCCCCCGUCUCCCUCUCUAAGAAAAAGUCACCAUGAGAUAGCACCUCACACCCAGUAGGAUGGCUCUUCUAGGCACAAGAGAAACAAAGCAAGUGGGAAAUGACAAGUUUGGGCGAGGGUGUGGAAGAACUGGGACCCUCGCCCAGUGCUACUGGGAUUGGAAAGUGGCACAGCUGCCGUGGGAAUCCGUUGGGCAGCUCCUCAGUAAGGUACACAUAGAAUGACCAUAGGAAGGACCCCGCAAUCCCACUCCUGGAUCUAUACCCGAAGGCAUUGGGAACAGGCGCUCCGACAGAACCCUGUGUACGGGAACGUCCACCGCAGCGCUCUUCCUGCCCAUCCGCCCCAAGGUGGAAAGCACCGCAAGGCCCGUCCACUGACGGACGGGAUGCACGACGCGUGGUCUAUCCAUGGCCGGGGGAUAUUAUUCGGCCGUCGAAAGACACGAAGUGCUGAUUCAGGCUACCACGUGGAGGAGCCCUCAUGAAAACAUGGGUGCUGAGCGAAAGCAGCGCGACCCCCAAAGCCACCUAUUGGUCUUACGAUCCCAUCUCUAGUGAGCAUUCCCUCCAGGAGAGGUUGCAGGGGGGCAGGGCGAGCAGGCUCCUGCCGGCGCCGUUUCUUGGCAGGCCCAGGCUCCCAGCAGGGGCUGAUGGGAAAGCAGUGACCUCACCGGAUCUACGUGUCACGAAGUGUGUCCCCGGACCAAUGAAGGGGGUCGGUCCGUGGUCGCUAGGAGACGGCGGCUCAGGGGCCCAACGACCGGCUGGUUGGAGACGUUGGGCCCAGCUGGCGCACCGCACCGCACCGCACCGCACCGCAGAGCUAGACCCGUCGGAGAAAGCGCAGUCAAGGCCCAGCAUGCCGGGGAAAAGGAGCCGUCGAGGGUCGUCCAGGAGCCAGAGGCGGACCCGCUCCCGCACUGCCCGAGCCGAGCUGUCGUUCUCCGUGAGCCACAUGGAGCGCCUGCUGAGGGAGGGCCACUACGCGCGGCGCCUGGGCUCGUCCGCACCCGUCUUCCUAGCGGCCGUCAUCCAGUACCUGACGGCCACGGUCCUGGAGCUGGCAGGCAACGAGGCCCGGAACAGCGGCAGGAGGCGCAUCACCCCGGAGCUCGUGGACAUGGCCGUCCACAACAACGCGCUGCUCAGCGGCUUCUUCGGGGCUACGACCAUCUCCCAGGUGGCCCCGGCCUGGGAGUAGCUGCCCAACGUGAGCCGGGGUCUCGGGCCCCGGCCGGCCAGUCCGGCCUGCUCACCGCUGGGGCAGCCCCGGCCCGGCUGGUGCCUCGGGCAAAGUCCUUGACGGUCCAGAAAAGUGGGGCAAGGAACCCCUUUUGGUCCAAGCAAUAAAAGCGAGCGAAAG